GCCUCCAAUUUUCCAUGGGAUCGACACUAGUCUACAAGACCGAAGAAAGAAGUUAAGAAAAGACUAUCAUGAUCCUGUUGACGGGAGCAACAAACUAACCAACCAGCAGGGGAGAGAUCCACGGCUCCGUGUCCCGAUUCUCCUGCGAGUCCUGUCCCGCGCCAGCCAAGGAAGGAAUGGCACUAGCCGCUCAACCAGCCAACCGCCUGCUGACCCCACACGUCAUCCCCACAUCCUGCUCGCCCCCGACGCGCGGGGAUCACCCCGCGUUCCCCGAACUCAACACAACACAGCGCCUAAAACCCGCGUCCAAACUAAUGGUGGCACUACCAGCUUAGAUAGAUCGAUCAGCGAACGCGGCGUACGUCUGCAUGUGAGGUCGAUCCAUCCACCCAUCCAUCGGCCGAUCGGCAUGGCAGGGGUGGGGGGACGGAGCUCUCGCGCCGCCGGGAAGCGCGGGGGCGGGGCCGCGUCGUCGUCCGCGGCGGCGUCCGCGUGCGUCUACUACGCCACCACUGGGGUGCUCGUCGCGCUCUGCGUCGCCGGGGCCUACUUCCUCACGUCGACCUCCUCCGCGUCCAUCGCCGGCUCGGACGACGGGGACAAGGCCGCCGCCGUCACGGCGUACCGCCACACCACGCGCUCAUCUUUCGCGUACGAGGUCACCAGGGACAAGGAGGCGCCGUCGCCGCCGCGCGAGCCCGAGGUCGAGGACGGGACGAUGGGCAAGGAGGACUCUGGCUCGGAGGAGGAUGGUGGAGGCGCCGAGCAGGAGCGGGGCAGCGCCGUCACCGCGGCGGCCUUGGACGACCCGCAUGCCAAGCCCGAUCUGGACGAGCGUGUCUCCGGCGGCGAGGACUCCAAGAACGAAGCGGCGGCGCUGGACGAGGAGCAGAGCAACGACCCUGCCCGCGUCGCCGCCAGCGAGGCCACAGCCGAGGAGGAGGAGGAUGCCGCGGCGGCGACGGGCGCGGACAAGGAGCAAGAAACGCAGGAGAACGAUCAGGAUGGCGCGCAAGAAGAGCAGCAGUCGCAUCUGCAGAUGCCGCGCGCCACGGUGGAGGAGAGGAACCUGGACGGCGGCAUCGAGGAGGAGAGCAACGCGAGGCAGCGGCAGAGCGACGAGGAGGACCGUAUGAGCGCCGGCGACGAGCAGCCCGGCACGGGCAUCCUCCGCCGCGAGGCGCAGGAGGACGAGGCGGCGGAGCGGCAAUCCGAUGAGGAUAGACCCGAUCAGGAGCAGACAGAGGAGGAGCGUAGCAGCGAUCAAUCGCUGGUCGAGGAGGACGGGCGCACGUUGGUGGAGGUGGAGUCCGACCCCGGCCAAGAAGAGGGCGGCGGAGACGACAAGGCAGCCGAGUCAGAGCACAAGGAGGACACGGACGGCAGCGGCGCCGGCUCGGAAAACCACGGCGUCGUCGAUACGCUGCAAGGCGAGGACUCGGCCGUCGGCGCCGGAGGAGACCAGAGCGCGUGGGCAACGCAGCGCGAUCAGUCCCACCGGGAGAAGGACCGGCGCCAGGAAGACGCGGACGACGGCAACGGCACGGACGGGGAGGAGCAGCACGAGUGGCGGACGUGCAACGUCAAGGCUGGCGCUGACUACAUCCCGUGCCUGGACAACGAGAAGGCCGUCAAGAAGCUGCGGCCGGAGAACUUCCGGCGCUACGAGCACCGCGAGCGCCACUGCCCCGACGAGGGCCCGACGUGCCUCGUCGCGCUCCCAAGAGGCUACCGCCGGCCCGUCGAGUGGCCAAAGAGCCGCGACAGGAUUUGGCUGAGCAAUGUGCCACACACGAAGCUGGUCCAGGUGAAGGGGCACCAGAACUGGGUGAAGGUGAGCGGGCAGUAUCUGCUCUUCCCCGGCGGCGGCACGCAGUUCAUCCAUGGCGCGCUGCACUACAUCGACUUCCUGCAGCAGUCGGUACGCGGCAUCGCGUGGGGGAAGCGCACGCGGGUGGUGCUGGACGUGGGGUGCGGUGUGGCCAGCUUCGGGGGCUACCUGUUUGAGCGGGAUGUGGUGACCAUGUCGUUCGCGCCCAAGGACGAGCACGAGGCGCAGGUGCAGAUGGCGCUGGAGCGUGGCAUCCCGGCCAUCUCCGCCGUCAUGGGCUCCAAGCGCCUCCCGUUCCCCGGCAAGGCGUUCGACCUCGUCCACUGCGCGCGCUGCCGUGUCCCCUGGCACGCCGACGGCGGCGCCCUCCUCCUCGAGCUCAACCGCGUCCUCCGCCCCGGCGGCCUCUUCGUCUGGUCCGCCACGCCCGUGUACCAGAAGCUCACCGAAGACGUCGAGAUCUGGAAAGCAAUGACGGCUCUGACGAAAUCCAUGUGCUGGGAGCUGGUGACGAUCAAGAAAGACCGGCUCAACGGCGUCGGCGCCGCCUUCUACCGGAAGCCAACGUCCAACGAUUGCUACGAGAGCAGGAGGCGACAGCAGCCGCCCAUGUGCAGCGACGACGACGACGCCAACGCGGCGUGGUACGUCCGCCUGAACGCUUGCAUCCACCGGGUGCCGACCGGCGCGGCGGAGCGCGGCGCGAGGUGGCCGGCGGAUUGGCCGCGGCGGGUGCGCGCGCCGCCCAACUGGCUCAACACGUCGCAGGUCGGGGUGUACGGGAAGGCGGCGCCGGAGGACUUCGUGGCGGACUACCAGCACUGGAGGCGCGUCAUGGACAAGUCGUACCUCAACGGCCUGGGCGUCGACUGGUCCAGGGUGAGGAACGUCAUGGACAUGAGAGCCGCCUACGGAGGGUUCGCCGCGGCGCUGAGAGACCACAAGGUCUGGGUGAUGAACGUGGUCAACGUCGACGCGCCGGACACGCUGCCCAUCAUCUUCGACCGCGGGCUGUUCGGCAUGUACCAUGACUGGUGCGAGUCCUUCAGCACCUACCCGAGGACAUACGACCUUCUGCACGCCGAUCACCUCUUCUCAAAGAUAAAGGACAGGUGCGCCGUGUUGCCGGUCAUCGUCGAGGUGGACAGGAUCGUGAGGCCGGGAGGGAGCAUCAUCGUGCGCGACGACUCCGGCGCCGUCGGCGAGGUGGAGAAGCUCUUGAGGUCGCUUCACUGGGACGUGAGGCUGACCUUCUCCAAGAACAACGAAGGGGUGCUGUUCGCCGAGAAAUCGGAUUGGCGGCCGGAGCUGGUCGCCGAGCCAACAUAAAAGCCCUCUCCAUUCUCAGCAUGACAAGUUUCACCAAGCAAAAGAUAGAUAGGUUUUCUUUUGGGUCUUUUUUUUUUAUCCUUCUUUCUUUGGUUAGCAUUGAUGUAGUAUGUGGUACUCCUUACUAACUAUCCUACAAAUAAGACAUGGUUCUGUAAUGCAGUAUGUAUCUAAGACUCAUGCAUAGAACUGAGACGAGUGUAGCAUUAGUUUGUCAGUUCAAAUAUUUACUUUUUUCUGCAAAA